AUGGAUGGGGAAGAAGUUUGGGAUGGAGAAGAAGUUUGGAAUGGAGAAGAAUCUACUAAGUAUGGAGAAGAAAUUAAGGAAGAAGAAGUUAAGGAAGCAGAAGAAGUUAAGGAGGAUGGAGAAAAGUUAGGGAAGGAGAAAAAGUUAAGAAUGAAGAACAAGUUAGGGAAGGACAAGAAGUUAAGGUUGGAGAAAAAGUUAGGGAAGGAGAAGAAGAAGUUAAGGAUGGAGAAGUAG